CACACCCGUGUAGUGUGACACUGCUGCACACACACACGUGUAGUGUUACACUGCAGUAUUACAAUUGGAAAUGCACAUGUGUCCCGGUAAACACGGAGAGUUGUAACGACAUUGGCCCAACGUUGGGAACGUUUAGCCGACGUUGGCACGACGUUAAUCCAACAGUUCCAACCACAUACCAACGUUGGGCCACCGCUGGCAUGCUGACUGGGGUGGCGGCGUUCUGCACUGCCCGGCUGCGAGGGCUCCGUGGUGGUGAUCUGCGCCUCCCUCCCUCUCUCCCUCUCGGAGUUUAAGUCCAAGUUUGGCUGUCGGGAGGUGGGGGAGAGUGCGGAGGGAGCCGCCGCUGCUGCUGCUGCAUGCCAGGUACCCAGCGGCUCGCCUCGGCCGCCCGCCCGCCACCAGUCCCAAAAUAGCGGCCCCACCUCGACCACGGCUCGCAGCCUCACCAGCAUCGUUACUCGUACCCCGUGUCAGCCAGACCACGCCAGCCUCACCCCGUGUCAGCCAAACCUCGCCAGCCUCACCCCGUGUCAGCCAGACCACGCCAGCCUCACCCCGUGUCAGCCAGACCUCGCCAGCCUCACCCCGUGUCAGCCAGACCUCGCCAUCCUCACCCCGUGACAGCCAGACCUCGCCAGCCUCACCCCAAGUCAGCCAGACCACGCCAGCCUCACCCCAAGUCAGCCAGACCAGGCCAGUCUCACCCCAAGUCAGCCAGACCUCGCCAGCCUCACCCCGUGGCAGCCAAAAUCCACUCAGCCUCGCCAAUUGUCGCUGAGCUUUCACCAUCCUCACCACAGCCCCUCCUCACCCUCGGCUCCGCGACAUCCGAAACGCUUCAGGCGGCUCGCACGACCUCCAGCCCCGGGAGAGGAGGACGGCCCCGGCCACAACUCACGCGAGCGGAGCUCCGUGGUGCGGCCACUGCAGGAAUCGCCACCGCGGUGGCUGUCUCUCUGUGUGAUCGGCAUCACCGCCGCCGCCGCCGCCAGCACCGCCAGCGCCGAUCGGGAGCGCCGCGAUGGGGCGGGGAGCUGCCACGGUGAGCUUCAGCGUCGCCACAUUCAUCGCCGCGCUGCUGGCGGCAGGGGCCGCCUUCUUCGCCCUGCUGGCGUUCGGCACCGACUACUGGCUGCUCGUCACCAAACUCUGCCCUGCGCCGCCCGGGCCCAACGCGACGGCCGUCGCCACCGCCGCGGCGCCCACGGACGCAGCACUGAGCGCGGAGACCACGAGCGGAGCUGGCGGGCAGCAGCAGGGCGCCGAGGAGCAUCGCGACGCCUUCUUCCUCCACGAGGGCUUCUUCUUCCGCUGCUGGAUCUCGGGGGAGGACAACCGCGGCAGCCUCUGGAACUUCUGGCUGGCCCCCCACGGGAGGAAGAACUGCUCCCCCUCGCGCCUCUUUCCCCUGCCGGACCAAGUGUUGCAGGGAAACUCGACGUCUGACAGCCACGAGCUGUUCGCCCUGCGCCAGUCGUGGACCGUGCUGCUGCUCGUGGCCUUGGGCCUGGUGCUGGUGGCCGGGCUGCUCGCCAUCUGCGCUUCUCCCAAGAACAGCGCGUUGGCCUACAAGGUGGCAGGCGGAAUCUUCGUCGCCGCUGGGGUGCUGCUGCUGCUGGUGCUGCUGCUGCUGGUGCUGUGGCUGGAGGCGCUGGUCUCCCUGGAGGGCUACGUGUCCGCAGAAGCGGGAGGCGUGUCGCCUCCGGCGCGUUCCGCUUGCCCCGACGGCGCGGUGGGGGCGCACUAUGGCUGGUCGUUCAUCGUGGCCGCGCUGGCCGUGCCGCAGGCCGUGCUGGCCGGAGUGCUCUUCCUGCUCAUUGGCAGAGCGCUGUGCCGCUACCCGUACACGUCCUAGGCCUGUGCGGCCAGCCGUCGCCACCGCCACGGUUGCCACGGAGCACACCCCUUGCUCCCCCCUCCUCCCACCCCUUGUUCCCCCCUCCUCCCACCCCUUGCUCCCCCUUCCUCCCACCCCUUGCU